CACCAUGGAGACCACCACAGGGAAACACAUGAGCAUCACCACGGAGACCACUGCAGUUCUGGCCAUCAGCAUCACCAUGGAGACCACCACACGCAAUCACAUUGGUAUUUCCAUGAGGUUGAACACAAUCGAUCUCACCUGCAUCACCAUGACAACCACCACGGUGACUCGCAUUUGCAUCACCAUAGCGACCAUUCCAAAGAAUCUCAUCCCCAUCUCCAUGACAACCACCGCAGUGAUUCGCAUCACCAUAGCCACCAUUCCAAAGAAUCUCAUCCACAGCUCCAUGGUGACCACCACAAUGAAUCCUAUUUGCAUCACCAUGGCAAUCACAACAAUAAAUCUCAUCCACAUCACCAUGGCAACUACCCCAGUGAAUCUCAUCCGCAUCACCAUAGAGACAACAACAGUGAAUCUCAUCUGCACCACCAUGAAGAUGAGGUUUGCCAUCACCAAGGACAUCAUCCUGAAUCACAUGUCAACCAUGAUGACCUCCACACUCAUUUAAAGGGACCUUCUGCUCGCAGUCCACCUUCACACAGGAAGUCAGAAUCUCAUACCAACAAAGCAGAUUUACCCAGCAACCCUAGGAACCGCGAUGAGGAACAGACAAGUUUUCUGGACUCGUCAUCGUCAUAUAAAGAAAAGCCAGAUGAGCUGGGUAGAAUCACGAAAUCACAGGACAAGGACGACGGUCUGCAUCAAAGCUCACUGAGGACGGCAGUGAGGACGGAGUGUUCCGGAGAGGAAUUCAUGAACAACCAGAGGCUUUUGGAGGCAGAGCUUCAGAAGACACGCAUGGAGCUCAGCAACCUCACUGAGAGGUUCAAGAGACUCCACGACAGCUGCUCCUCGACAGAGCAGACCAAUGAUCUGCUUCAGAAAAAUAUCCAUUCCAUGGCUCAGAGUAUGGAAGGAGAACGGGAGAGGUUGAACCGGCGUAUUUCGGCACUGACGGAGCAGCUCGCUGAUGCUAAAUUUACCGACAAUGUGGAGACAGGAACUCACUUCAAUGCAACGUCAGCACUGCACAACACUAACAUCCAUUUUCAGUCAGAUGGUGCCAUUAAUCAGGUGGUUCUCCCCAUCACUCCUCCUCCCACUCAGUUCAUGGACAUAGCUAAAGCCAGCGGGCAGGAGCAAUCUUUGGGUUCAGUUCCAGAGGAGGAAGAGGAGUCUGACUGGUCAGAGAUGGGAGAAGAGAUCCCACGGUUUAUACUGACUGGACUGGGCAGAAAUCAAGUGUGGAGACACCAGGAGGGAGACAUGGACGGAGACAGUGAGUCAGGAGGUGAGGAAAUGUUCAGACUGCACUCUUCUGCACGAACACCUCAGAUACCUCACCUCCAGUUCACGAUCCACAGUGAGAUUUUACCGGCUCUGCAGACCAAUACUUGCCCACCUGGCUUCACAAACCUGUCUGAGGCCAUGACAGUGGAGAGCAGUUACAGGAUCACCUCAAGUCCAGCCCUUUGCUCUUCAAUCCUGAUCCGAUCGGCCAGCCUGGAGGAACUUCCACACCGUCACGUGCUGAAAGAGCUGAGAGGUACAGAGGCCAUGAUGGACCUCCACCACCACCCAAGCCACGAGGUCAUGGAGGACUUGGACGAUGAGAUCAUUCAUCACUGGAGAACAAGCAGCGACAUGGGGGCAGGUAUUGGGAGUGCGAUGGAGAGCGGCCUGGUGGGCCUGCGGUCGGCCGAGCAGAUGCUCAACCAUUUCAUCUGUGAGUCACAGCUGAGCGAGGGGAAAGUUCAGAGCGGGGCUGCGGCGCAUGGCUGGACGGGAGGAAUAAGAGAUGAGGUGUUGAAAGGGGAGCGAACAGAGCUUUGACGUUGUGAGCGAAAAUCAUAGAAUAAAUCGAUCUUUCGAACUUUGCAUUCCAACUUUUCCGGUCAGAAUACGAGGCUUCCUCAAAAAUGAACAUGUUUAACCAUUCUCACUUCCCUCAAAAAGUUAUUUGUGUCACUAGAGGCAAGAGGCCCAAGUGAUGUAUGUAUUUAAUAUGUAAACAAACAGUUUUUGUCUGUAGCUUAAAAGCUUAAAAUGUAAAUGUGUAGUUUUCUUGAGUAUAUUUAUUGUUCUUUCCUCUCCUUAGAAAACUUAGUACUUAGUAGAUUGUUGUUUUGCUUUAUUGGACAAAACAUUAUGGUAACACUUUAUAUUAGG